AGCGCCCAGUACCAGGGCUGCAGAACACGGCACAGCUGUCGAUGUAUCGGGAUGCAUCGAAGUAUCGAGUUGGCAUAAAAGAAUCUGGUCUUCGUGUCGUGUUAUUCAUUCCUUAAUUGCGCCUUGCUUUAAUUUGUGGAUUUCCUCACUUUGUCGUUCGAGUAUUCAUUUUAACGACCACAAUGAAUCGGCAGGCGAAAUUCCUAGUCUUGUGCCUCUUUGUUGGCCUCUUCUCCGCGAAUUUGUGCGACGAAGCGGUAACCACACCGGCGCAAACGGAAACCACCACGCCGGACGCCAAAAACACCACCGGUCCGCCGGACACUACUGUGACGACACCGUCGACCACAACAUCGAGCACCACAACUGAGAAGACCACGACGACGUCACCAAACACUACAUCGACGGAGAAGCCCACGACUACCACGCCGGCCAGCACCACCACCAGCAGCAGCACCACCACUCCGGCCAGCACCACCAGCAGCACCACUCCGGCCACGACCACCACCACGCCUGAACCUACAACUACGACCACUCCGUCUCCGAACUCAACCACAACUACGCCGCCACCACACACAUCAACCACUCCGGCGCCGAAGCCCGUGCCGUGCGGCCAUUUCGAUGGAUCCUCGUUCAUUGGCGGGAUUGUGCUGACUUUGGGCCUGCUGGCCAUCGGCUUGGUGGCCUACAAGUUCUACAAGGCUCGCAACGAGCGCAACUACCACACCCUUUGAGCCGCCACCGCCUUUACGUCGGCCUUCAAUGCGGCAGCCGGAGCCGCGGCAGCCAGCAGCAGCGCCGCAUCCACGGAUGCGGAGCGUGUGCGGUUCGUCCAGCCUUCGAUACCGCUGAGGUCGCCGCCAACGCAGCCGCCACCACCACCACCCGCCCACAUGGGUGGCAGUGGUGGUGGUGCGGCUGCAGCUCCACAAAACUGCUCGCCAUCGGCCCGAGAUCGGUUGCUGCACACAUAAUUUAAACGCGGGGAACCACAAUAUAACCAAUAUUACCCAAUAUAAUUAAUAUCCAAAGAGAUACCCCGAUACCCCGAAUUCCCCAACAAAACACA